AGAAAGCAGAAGCGCCAUCAUUUGCACACUCAUUAUAGAUCACACACCUUAACCCUGACCUUUUAGCUCCAGUUUUUCAAAAGAAGUGAAGGCAAAAUGAAGAAACAUUUGCUUUUCUGGGGCGUCCUGGCCAUUUUUGUUCAAGCUGUUCUUGUGACAGCCCAAGAUGAAGAUGAAAAGACCGUUCUUGUUGACAACAAGUGUAAGUGUGUCCGGAUCAGUUCCAGAAUCAUCCCUUCUAAAGAAGAUCCUAGCCAGGAUAUUGUGGAAAGAAACAUCCGAAUUAUUGUUCCUCUGAACAACAGGGAGAAUAUCUCUGAUCCUACCUCACCACUGAGAACCGAAUUUGUGUACCAUUUGUCUGAUGUCUGUAAAAAAUGUGAUCCUGUAGAAGUGGAGCUGGACAAUCAGGUGGUUACUGCCUCCCAGAGCAAUCUCUGUAAUGAGGACAGUGAGACCUGCUAUACUUACGACAGAAACAAGUGCUACACUAAUACGGUUCCACUGACGUAUCGUGGUGAGAUCAAAAUGGUGACAACGGCCCUGACGCCGGACUCCUGCUAUCCUGACUGAUUUACACCAUUGCUGACUGCACAGCUCCUUAAGUUGAAAGGCUCUCCAUUUCAAUCCAGAAAGCUAAAACAUUUACUACCAAGGAAAUUAAAAUCAUUUUUUUGGAUAAUGUAAAACUACCUUUUCCCCAAAAGUAAUUGACAUAGUAACAUUAUUCUUACAUUUAUUGGUUAAUUCCUUCUUAAUAAUAUGUUCACACUAAGUGUUUAAAUUUCUCACUUAUCAAGCGUGCCUGAAAGGUUACACCUCCUUAAGAAUGUAAUUUCUACCAUUUAAAAAAAUAGACAAAGGGAGAAAAUAAAACUCAAAGAGUGAAAAUAAGGAGACAUAAUUAAAUUUUGCCUUGUUUUUUGGCUUUGACUUGGAGAGCCACUGCUUUCACACAUUCUUUUCUCUUUAAGAAAAGUAUUACUGAGUAGAGAAAAUUUAUGUAUAAACAUAGGUUAAUCUGUGUCUUCAUUAGAAAGAUAAUUGGAGAACAUAUUUGGAACUAUUUAUAAAAAUAAUUUAAAAUGUGAGCUCUAAUAUUUAUGAAACCGAUUAGCAGAAAUUGACAUCUUUAAAUGCAUAAUUGAAAAAUAUAUUUUGAUAUAACAUAGACUUGGCAGCAGAUGAUACAGAUUUUUCUUUUUUUGGUAAAAAUUUCAUUUUGAUAAUCAGGCUAGUAUAAGAAAAACCACCUAUGUUGUAACAAUCUAAUCUGUAUUCCAAAAUAUGCAUUCUCUAGCACAGUUUGAUCAAUUAAAUAGAUUCACAAGCAUA